ACGGCGGGGUGGAGGAGGACACCGGCACCAGCACUGCCUCCUCCUCCUCCGCGCGUGCGAGCGAGCACAGGGCAGCCGGGCGUGCACACGCAGCAACAAAGGGACCCCUCGCUGCGUCUGUGACAUCAAAUGAAUGCAUCGAAAGGCAACGUUCAACCUGUUCUUUCUUGACACGCGACAGCUCACAUCUCGAAGAGGGCUCAAAAGCAGCGUCAAACAUGGAGCUGGAGCACUUUGACGAGAGGGACAAGGCACAGCGGUACGCCCGCCGGGGCUCCAGGGGCAACGGGCUCCCCAGCCCCACUCACAGCGCCCACUGCAGUCUGUACCGAACCCGGACGCUGCAGGCGCUGAGCUCGGAGAAGAAGGCCAAGAAGGUUCGCUUCUACCGCAACGGGGACCGUUACUUCCAAGGGAUCGUGUACGCCAUUUCUCAGGACAGGUUCCGCUCGCUGGACGCGCUCCUGGCCGAUCUCACGCGAGCGCUCUCGGACAACGUCAACCUGCCGCAGGGGGUUCGCACCAUAUACUCUGUCGAUGGCACGACGAGGAUCACGAGCAUGGAGCAACUGGACGAAGGCGAAAGCUACGUGUGUGCCUCCUUCGAGCCAUACAAGAAGGUGGACUACAUCAAGAACGUCAACCCCAACUGGUCCGCCGGCGCCAGGACGGCCGUGGCAUGCCCCCGCGACCCGCCCUCCCUCGGCAGCGGCAGGGCCGGCUCGCCGGAAACCCGCGAGAGCAAAGACUUCAUCAAGCCCAAGCUGGUCACCAUCGUCCGCAGCGGCGUCAAGCCCCGCAAGGCCGUGCGCGUUCUGCUCAACAAGAAGACGGCGCACUCCUUCGAGCAGGUCAUGACGGACAUCACAGACGCCAUUAAGCUGGACAGCGGCGCCGUCAAAAGGCUCUUCACGGUGGACGGGAAGGCCGUCAUGUGCCUUCAGGACUUUUUUGGCGACGAUGACAUCUUCUUUGCUUGCGGGCCUGAAAAGUAUCGCUACCAGGAUGACUUCAGUUUGGACGAAAGUGAAUGCAGGGUGGCCAAGUCGUGCUCAUACGGUCGGCUUCCCUCAGUGCACGGUCGCUGCUCUCCAAGAAGUGGCGGAAUGUCUCGCAGGAGCAAGUCGCCUUCAUCUACUGGCUCAGCCAAUGGGACCGCAGGGAGUCAGCUGUCCACGCCUCGAUCGGGGAAAUCUCCUUGCCCCUCUCCCACCAGUCCGGGCAGCCUCAGGAGACGCCAGGGAUCCCACCACAGCGGCUCGUCUCUGUCGUUGGCCUCCACCAAGGUGUGCGGCUCCAUGGACGAAGGCGACGCACCCAGCAGCGAAGCCGAGCCCACGGACGAGUCCGCUGUCCCCGCCUCCAUCGCUGAGCGCUACAAAGUGGGCCGCACUUUAGGCAGCGGCAACUUUGCUGUGGUGCGAGAGUGUGUGGAAAGAUCCACGGGGAGAGAAUACGCCCUGAAAAUCAUCAGCAAGGAGAAAUGCCGAGGAAAGGAGCACAUGAUCCAGAGCGAGGUGUCCAUCCUUCGACGGGUCAAACAUCCCAACAUCGUGCUGCUGAUUGAAGAGAUGGAUACCGGCAAUGAUAUUUAUCUGGUCAUGGAGUUAGUCAAGGGGGGCGACCUGUUUGACGCCAUCACCUCGUCCAACAAGUACACGGAGCGAGACGCCGGCUGCAUGCUGUUCAACUUGGCCAGCGCCGUCAAGUACCUGCACAGCCUCAACAUCGUCCACAGAGACAUCAAACCCGAAAACCUGCUGGUUUACCAGCACCACGACGGCAGCAAGUCCCUGAAGCUGGGCGACUUUGGCCUGGCCACCGUUGUCAACGGUUACCUGUACACGGUGUGCGGCACGCCCACCUACGUGGCGCCGGAGAUCGUCGCCGAAAAGGGGUAUGGCCUCAAGGUGGACAUUUGGGCUGCGGGUGUGAUCACUUACAUCCUGCUCUGCGGCUUCCCGCCCUUCAAUUGCGGCGGCGAGGACCAGGACGUCCUGUUCCAAGAGAUUCUGAAGGCCCGGCUGGAGUUCCCGUCACCGCACUGGGACGGCGUGUCGGACUCGGCCAAGGCUCUCAUCGGCGGCAUGCUGCGGGUGGACGUGGACCAAAGGCUGUCGGCCGGCCAGGUGCUGGAGCACCCCUGGGUCAAUGAGGACGGCGCGGCCGAGAACCAACAGCAGCUGCCCGUCGCCGUCAGGAUCAAGAAAAACUUCAACACGGGACACAAGGGGAGCAGCGCGACGGCCGGCGUCAUGGUCAUCACGAACACGCCGCUGGACAAGGAGAAGCAAGUUUUCCGUCAAAGACAACAGCAUCCCGACGCUACGCCGGCGGCCAACUUCCCGCACGGCGCUCGCUCUUCCGUCUGCGCCGCGUCCGCCCGAGGAGGCUCCAACCUGGCGCUCGCGUCGCCCGCCGACUUCACGUCGGAGUCGGACGACUAUUCUCCGUCCGGUUCGGCCGGCAACCGCCUCGGUAGCUAA